AUGCGCCCCACAUAUAUCCGGUGGGUCUCUGCAGGGCUCUCCCUGCCACCUUCCAGCGUUCUUCUGCACAUCCUCUUCAGCCUUACACUGGGGUUUGGGGGCGACCCGGCCACCAUCCUCACCCGCUCCUUCUCGGCAUCCUCGUCAUUCCGCCUGCCUGACAACCAGAAGCUGUCUUCGCCCCCCAGCGGCCACCUUCCGCUCGGAGGCAAUGAUGAUGCCAAGCAGCAGCGGAUACCGUGCUGGCCAUGUCUCGCAGCCCCUGACCCCAAAAAUGCUGAUAGAACCCGGUUCCUUUGCGCCAAGAACCAGUCAGACCCGGAAGGACAACGGCGUGGAGGGGCGCGCUCGGCCCAGCUUCGGUCCAGCCCUAAUAUGAACGGGCGCAUUCUGCAGCAAUCCAGCAUUUCUUCCCCUGUCAUCGACCCGACUGCCUCUGGUAUACAGGCCGUUCGGCUCGAAUGCUCCUGA